AAACCGUGAUCUUCAGAGUUGCACCCUGAGUUAAUCUUUAACAUUUCAUUCUUCAUUUCAGGUCCACUGUUCAGAGUUCAGUCUUUUUGAUCUGAGACAGAAGAUGGAGAGACCUUUCCUACCUUACAACAGGGAGAUGGUGCAUAACCCACUAUCAUCCUGCAUGAGUUAAGGCUUAAGUUCACUUUCUCCGGCAAGAAGGUAAAACAGCUAUCCGAUAUCAUUGUUCACCUUCAUACAUCAAGACAGGAACCGUUUGGAUUGUCGUGUCUGGCUGAGUUGCUUACUCAGCAGAUGUCUGGAUGAUUGAAGUUCCCCAUGAGAACCAGUGCCCAUGAUUGUGAGGCUACCUCCAGCUGCUUGUAGAAGACCUCAUCGACCUUCUCCUCCUGAUCAGGUCAGCUGAAUUAUCAUUCUACAUCUGCAACUGUAGAGCAACAUGGAGCAGAAGAAUUGGCUUUUGUUCACUGUGGCACUGCUAGCAGCCACCCCCGUCUCAUCAGAAAAUUUCGAGGUCAUCUCUCCCCGGAAUGUGUUGGGGGUUGUUGGCCUGGACACAGUUCUUCCCUGCAAUGUCUCUUCCACAAAACCAUUGUAUGACAUUGAAGUUCAGUGGAAGAAAAUCACAGAUGGGCGUAUAGAAGAUGUCUACAUAUGGAGGAACACAGUUAACAAACCAGGGCAGAAAUACGUGGGGAGGACUGAAUUGCUAAAAGAUGGACUUGCCACUGGGAAUGUGUCCCUAACACUGAAGAACGUGCUGCCAGCAGAUGAAGGAACGUACAGCUGCAUUGUGAAUUCCAAGGACUGGAGUGCUGACACAACCACCGUGCUCAGCAUUGCAGGUACCAGUGAAGUAUUCUUUGAAAUAUUGGGCCCCCGAGGACAAGGUAUUGAGCUUGCCUGCAGAUCACACGGAUGGUUCCCCAAACCCACUGUCGAGUGGGUUGUUCGGAAUAAGCAGAUGCUGUCUCCAGACACUGAAAUACAUCAGGACAGCAAGGAGCUCUUCGGUGUGAUGAGUCGAGUCACAAUUACAGGACAGGAAGCAGAAGAAGUCACCUGUCAAAUCCAGAACAACAUGGCACAGGCUGAGAAAACUACUGUGCGCCUCUCAAGUGCUGCUUUUCCACGUACAUCUGCAUGGAUCCAUGCAUUCUGGAUACUAUUGACUUUAACUUUUCUUAUAAGUGCUGUGAGCGCUCUUCUUUUAUUUAGAGCAAAACAGAGGACCUCUAAGAAAAAAAAAUUUGUAGAAGAGACUUUUGAAAAUCAAGAAUCUGAGAAAAUGACAUCAAAUGCAGAAUAUGACUUACUGCAGGCUCGAUAUGAUACAAUAAACAGAGAACUAGAUUUCAGACGGGCUCGAAGCUACAUGGUGCCCAUCACCCUGGAUGUAGCACGGAAACACCCUGAGCUCACCCUGUCCCCUGACAAGAGGACAGUCCAUCACGAGCCUUCUGAUCAGGGUUCCAUCAUCAAGUGCCAGCUUCCCAUCGUGGUGGGCAGGGAGGGCUUUGCCUUGGGGCGGCAUUAUUGGGAGGUGCAGGUGUGGGAUGGGCUGGACUGGGAGGUGGGGGUACUGACAGAGACUGUGAGGGACACUCUGAUAGGAGAGAGCUGGGAGGAGCUUCCUAAGCAUGGAGUCUGGUCACUGAGAAGGGAGAAAGGAAAGUUCUGGCCUGAGGAAGCCAAUAAUGUGAUGCAUCAGAAUACUGCCCCACUAGCAGCGGUUGGGCUUGACCUGGACUUAGAACAGAACAUGCUCUCCUUCUACAAUGCUGGGGUUUCAGGACGUAUCCUGGAAGUCUCCAUCGAACCAUCAAUGAAACUGUACCCUUUCCUCAAACCAGGCCUUGGUAAGGUAGGAGAGAAGGGGAAACCCCUCUCCAUCAACCACAACACAGGGUGGGACUACCCACAAAAAAUGCAGCACGAUAUGGUACGUAGAAACCUGACCUGAGCUGCAAUGAUUCUUCUGGUCUCCAUGGAGAGGGAGAAAGGACAGAGAAGCAGAGCAGAUCACUGACAGACCUGCUUGGUUCCACCCAAACUCUGUCAGUGGCAGAGAAGCCUGGACUGGCAAAUUCAGAAAGAGCAGGAAGUAUACUUGUGCUUGUCAUUUGAAAUGCCAUCAACCCCCAGGAGCAACACCUGGACCUAUCAAACAAGGAGAUGCACUCACACCUUCUGCAGCUACCAGUUUUUGCUAUUCCCUUGUCUUUUCACUCCAUGUUCCUCUUCAUUAAACAGAAAAUGAAAUAAGAAUGAGUGAUUUUUCCUGUGA